AAAAACAAUUGCAGCCGAUGUUGGCCGAUGCAAAAAAAAUUUCGGAUAUUUUUGAAGAAAAAUUUUAGCUUAGUGAUUUUAGGAAAUCUAUUUAAAGAAAGUAUUUCUUAAUUUUUGUCAAAGUCACAAGGUUUGUUAGCUAACUGUUUUCUUCUAUUUCGUAUCACACGCGUGAAAAUUUUCAUUGGUUUUGCUGUUUUGUUUGUAAACCAACAAUUUGUGUUUUCACAAUGACGUUCGAUUUCUCCAUACUGGCCACCGGACUUCAGGAAACUGGAAUAUCUAUGUUUCUCGGAUCGGCCAUUAUAGGGGCAGUAAUUGGCUGGGGUUUCAAAAAAUUCAAUUUGAUAUAUUUGGCCAUGCACCAGGUUGAUACUACAUCAAAACGAAAUGGGGGUGAAAUUGUUGCCAAAGUCUUGGAAGCUCACAACAUCAAACACAUGUUUACAUUGGCUGGAGGACAUAUUUCACCUAUUCUAGCUGCUGCAGAAAAAAUUGGAAUAAAAGUGGUUGAUACAAGACAUGAGGUUUCAGCAGUAUUUGCUGCUGAUGCUGUAGCUAGAAUGACAGGGACAGUUGGGGUUGUUGCAGUAACAGCUGGACCUGGAUUAACCAACACUGUGACUGCCAUAAAAAAUGCUCAGAUGGCUGAAUCACCCAUUCUGUUGCUAGGUGGAGCGGCAGCAACAAUAUUGAAAGGUCGCGGUGCACUUCAAGAUAUUGAUCAGAUGUCUUUAUUUAGCCCGCUCUGUAAAUAUUGUGUUAGUGUUACCUCCAUCCGAGAUAUUGCCCCUAUUCUGAGGACCGCAUUACAAAUUGCUCAGUCCGAUACACCUGGUCCCGUAUUCGUAGAAAUGCCAAUAGAUGUUCUUUACAGUUACGAACUUGUAAAACGGGAAGUUGGUGCGAAAAGUGACGGCAAAGGCAUAAUGAACAAAAUUGUUAAUUGGUAUUUAAAUAACUAUGUGGACAACAUAUUCGCUGGAGCUUGGGAACCAGUAGAAGUCAAUCCGUUAGCCGUCCAUAUCCCAAUGCCAACCAGUCAGCAAGUUUUGAAAUGCGUCGAGCUCUUGUCGAAAGCCAAACGACCCCUUAUUCUAAUGGGAAGCCAAUCUACCCUCCCGCCCGUCAAAAGCGAGGAACUAGUCAGAGCAAUUAACCGGUUAGGAAUUCCUUGCUAUUUAGGUGGAAUGUCCAGAGGACUUCUUGGAGCUAAAAGUGAUUUACAGGCGAGGCAACACAGACGAGAAGCUCUUAAGGAAGCUGAUUUGAUUAUCUUGGCCGGUUCUGUUUGCGAUUUCCGACUCUCUUAUGGCCGUGUUCUUCCCCGCAAGGCUCCAAUCAUUGCCGUCAAUCGCAACAAAGAUCAACUGCACAGAAACUCUGACAUGUUCUGGAAACCAGCCGUUGCAGUACAGGCAGACGUGGGUACAUUUCUUGUCGAACUCUCUGAAGCAGCCGACGGCAUGAAAUGGGAUCCCGACUGGGUAGCUACGCUCCAGCAACGGGACAAGGAGAAAGAAAUUGCCACCGAAAAGAUGGCGACCGAAGAAACGGAAACACAUUUGAAUCCCUUGGCAGUACUACACUCAUUGGAAACAAUUUUACCUGAAAACGCCAUUCUUGUGGCCGACGGAGGAGAUUUCGUUGGAUCGGCAGCCUACAUCUUGAGACCACGCCUUCCAUUGAGCUGGCUGGACCCUGGAGCAUUUGGAACACUUGGAGUUGGCGGUGGAUUUGCUCUUGGUGCCAAACUCGCCCGUCCGGACAGUGAGGUCUGGAUCGUAUGGGGUGACGGCUCGUGCGGAUACUCUGUUGCUGAAUUCGACACUUUCACUCGCUUCAAAUUGCCAGUCAUGGCACUAGUAGGCAAUGACGCUGCGUGGACACAAAUUCUAAGAGAGCAAGUCACUAUCCUUGGCACUGAUGUUGCUUGCAAAUUAACGCACACGGAUUACCAUGUAGUCGCCCAGGGGUACGGGGGCUUAGGUUACGUUCUGAAGAGAGAGAACUCCAGUGAGAUCGACAACAUGCUGAACAAAGCGCGAGAAGAAAGCCAACAAACGGGAAAAAGUGUUUUGAUCAACGCCUUGAUUGGAAAAACAGGAUUCCGUGAGGGCAGCAUUUCCGUCUGAUUCCGCUCAACCAUGAAUGUAGAAUCAAAUUAUAUAUUCGUUAUAAAUAAAUGAGACACUUAUGGGGAACAAACCGAUCGUAACUUCCACAAAACAGUUUGUAUUUCAACAGCUAUAGCUGGUUGAAGGUCGACUCUGUCAGUAACAACCGAAAGAACGGAAGUUUUGAAACGGCUAACCACAAUUAUUCGUCACGUAAAAAAACUAGAAAUUAAUCAAUGCAUGUCUUCCGUUCCACCAGAUAAUCGUACAAGCGAACUCUUUCUACAGUAAAUCAAGUCAUUUUAUAUCACUUAGUCUCCAAAGAAACAACUCCCAUAAUGCGCUUGUCGCGAUUUUCGGCGAAUGGAUGGUGUUUUCCGUUGAUUUUGACGUUCCAGUUAUUUAUUUAUACGUCCUGCAUGGAUGGCUCGACUACUAUUCAAACGACCACUCCAAUUAUGUCAGAUGUCAGUGAGUUUCCUGAAGCUCGAAGAUCUCCGAGAUUUUUGUGCGUUCAAGCCGGUUGUACCUGCGAAGGAGUCAACGAAGAGAAUGCCAUGGCGAACUGCAACUGUCACGGACAGCUUGACGAUGCCGUUCCGAUAAAAAUGACUCAAACAUUCCUCAAGUUUGCGGGACUAAGGUUUCCGCCGAACCUCAAAAAAAUCCAAAUUUCCAACUGUGAUUUCUUGGACCUCGGUGUGAAUGACGAGUUGUUUCAAUUAAACUUGGCUGAAAUAUCAAUCGAAAAUUCUGUCGGCGUGACCUUACGGUCAAAGGCAUUCAAGAAAGUUGCUCAUUUCACUGUUAAGAACGUGGAGAUGUUUUCGUUCGAAAUUGGCGCCUUUGAUCAUUUAGAUGCUGAAUCCCUCCGUUUCGUAAACGUCACCUUUAACAAAAACAGCAUGGACAAUUUCAAACACGUUGGAGUCAUUAGCCCCCAAAGAAUCCAAUCAACUUUGGAAUUUCGGGAUUCCAAACUGUCGACCGACAUGGAAAUUCAAAUAAAGCAAACUGAUGUAACCAAUCUCACAGUUAGCUUUCGCGGUUGUACACUCGAAGGUUUGAAAUCGACCAUCAGAGCUGAUCGCUUUGAAUUGAUUGGAAACAACUUCCCAAGUCUCUGUACUAUUCCUACGGACGUCCCGCUAGUUCCAGAAGGUAGAAUACGUGAAAAGCCAGAAUGUGAGUUGGAAAAUGUAGCACCCAGCACCAGGGUGGAGUUUUACAAAUCACUGGAGCUCAGCAACAACACUUUCGAUAAAGAGUCGAUGCCUAACAUUCGCUUUAAUGUUCAAGAUAGGGGCGUCAUGGACGUUAUCUUCCCUGAUGACAAAAAGGCCAACCAAACUAUGGCAGAAUCAGCUGAAAAGUGGCUAAAGGUUUUCACUUUCGAUUUUAAAGGUAUCAUGGCCCCGAAUAAAACAAACAGGGGUGUCAAUGAAUGCAAAGAGAAAUGGGUUUGGGGGACUAGCCCGCAAAAGUAUCAAAUCUAUUGUCCCGACCCGCAGUCAAUGAAAGAUUUCGUUCGUUCCGGCAAGUUUAAACCUUUAUUUCAGCGCCCACCCAGUUCUUCUAGUUCUGCAACUUCGUCUUUGUUUUCCCUUAUUUUUGCAACAUUUAUUUUGGUGGGAAUGUGAAUAAUGUCCAUGCAUUGUUUUAAAAAUUAUCCUACAAAAUGUAAUAGUCCUUCACCCAUAGUUUUCUUUCAAUUCAAAAAACGCAAUACAAUCCAUCAUGCCUACUUA